UCUCAGUUGUGUGGGAGUGUCGCGGCGUGCGGUGCGUGUGUGCGUCAGUGACGGUGACAGUGACAUGAGUUAGCCAUGUUCAAGCAGUGCUGCGGCUGCAAGGGCAGGCCGGACCCGGACACCGACGACGAGAAGGAGAAACUACAGGAGGUGGAAAAGAAGAACAGCGUUACGAUAAAUGUGAAGGAAGAGAAGGCCGAAGUCACCCCGGAGGUGGUGGUGUCACUGCCGGACAGCAGUCCUCUCCCGGAAGUGAAGAAUGAAGCGGAGGAAGCCCCCCUCCUCAAGAAAGAAGAGCCACCGAAGGAGACCAAGAAUCCGGGACUGACCAUAGACACCAGCCAGGACCUGGAGGGUCUGGACGAUGACGACGACAACAUGAUAGUUCCUAUCACCCCCCGCACUGCGAAGGGGUUGACCCCUCACCCCGCCAAGCGCAACAGUACCCCCGGACUGUCCGCCAUCCCCAAGUGGCUGUCCCAGGACGACGACGAGGAGUCCGGAGGCACGGCUGAGCCGCCGGUCACCCCCGUGGGCCGCGACGAGCUCGCUCUCCGCCGACACCGGUUCUUCUCCGACCUCCUGGUCGCCGCACAGGCCGCCACGGAGCACCGGGUCCGCUUCGACCCCCUCGGCCCCUCUGUUGCAGGUCAGGAGAACUUAUUGUCCCCUGCUGCUGAACUUAAUACUCUUCUAACUCGUCUAGAGAACGUCACCAGCCGCUUGGAGCAGACGGUAGCUUCCACCGACUCGCCCAAGACACUUUCUCACUCCAAUUCUUCUACUCAAGUAAAUUUCUCGCCUACACUGAGUGUGAGUGCAGGUGGCGGAAUGAGUUCCCAAGCGUUCCAGGACAUAAUUUCCGGACCCCUCACCUCGUACCUUACCCUGUCCUCACAGCUGGGAGGUGAAGUGGCAGCUCAUGCUAAACUCGUCAGUGAGGCCUUCCAGACACAACUCCAGUACCUCCAACUGGCGGAAUGCAGAACAGUACCUUCGCAAGCGGAGCAGGGACAGCUGCUGCAGCCCACCUCACUCAAGAUACAAGCUAUCCAGGAGUUGAGAGAGAAGAAUCGGACGUCACAGUACUUCAACCACCUGAGUGCUAUCAGCGAGAGUAUACCUGCCCUGGGCUGGGUCACCAUUAGCCCCGCUCCUGCACCAUACAUCAAGGAGAUGAACGAUGCAGGACAGUUCUACACCAACAGGGUGCUCAAGGACUGGAAACAGAAGGAUCAGAGGCACGUGGACUGGGUGAAGGCUUGGGUGGAGACACUGACCGAGCUGCAAGGGUUCGUCAAGCAACACCACACCACAGGGCUGGUCUGGGCCAAGACCGGGGCCGCAGGUAUCCCACCUCCCCCUCCCCCUGGGGGCAUGCCCCCGCCACCUCCCGUACUGCCCCCGCUCGAGUCUCUGUCGCUUGACAACUCCAACGACCGCUCGGCGCUCUUCGCCCAGAUCAAUCAGGGGGAGGACAUCACCAAGAGCUUGAAGAAGGUGACAUCGGACAUGCAGACACACAAGAACCCAAAUCUGCGUACUGGUCCAGCCCCGUUCAAGGCACCGGUGAGUGUGGGUGCCCCCGCUGCAGCCCCUGUCAAGGCCCCACCAUCCAACAAACCCCCUGUCUUCGCCAGAGAUGGCAAGAAGUGGCUUGUUGAGCACCAGAGAGGCAACAAGAGUCUGGUAGUGGAAGGUGCGGAGAUGAACAACGUAGUCUACAUGUAUGGUUGCUUCGACUCUACUCUCACUGUCAAGGGCAAGAUAAACUCCAUCUUCCUUGAUUCUUGCCGCAAAUCUGCCAUCGUCUUCGAUUCUCUCGUGUCUUCUGUGGAGUUUGUUAACUGUCAGUCUGUACAGAUGCAGGUCCUAGGGAAGGUGCCAACGAUAUCGAUAGACAAAACAGACGGAUGCCAGAUAUACUUGAGCCCAGAGUCAAUGCAGGUGGAGAUUGUAAGCUCCAAGUCGUCUGAAAUGAACGUUAUGGUGCCAAAAGCGAACGGAGAUUUUGCCGAGUUUCCUAUCCCUGAGCAAUAUAAGACUACAGUGAGCAGUACAGGACUGUCCACAGUGGUAGUGGAGAGCAAGGGCUAGAGCCUUCAGUGUUACAAGGGCUUUCCUCCUCCACUGGAAAGGCUGUGAACCCACAACAAUAUUUAUUACAAAAACCGCUCUUUAUUGUUUAGGCUUUACUUUCAAGUAUUAUUUUGCUUUGUUAUAUCAAGAUCAGUAUACUUAAAGAGAUGAGUUGGUUCCAUUUUUUUUAUGUUUCAGUUUUUUAAUUUCAAUUGUUGAGUACCAAAACUUUGUUUGUAAUAAUUAAUCAGAAAUGCUGGAACAAAAGUUUUAUGCAUUGAAAACAUUGUAAAUUAAAGUUUGGAGACAGUUAAAUUUUACAUAAAAUAUUGGUAGUAUAUAUAAACUGAAAUAAAGGUAAUCAUCAUUCCAUGGUUGAAGUUUAACUAAAUUAUUUUGUUCUAUUAAGAUAAAUAAAACACUAUAUUUCAUUAUUUAGGUCAAAAUUUCGAUAAUAUGUAUGUUUAGCGUACAGUUUUUUACAAGACAUUUUUAUGCUAGUAACGUCCAUUGUUGGUUUUUAAUAAAUUGGCGUAACCGGAACCAACACAUCCCUAGUAGAGUAUUUUGCAAUCAGAUUUUUUUAUCCAAUGACUUCACAUAGAGUUUGUGUUAUGUGAUUAAUCGCUAGGGUUUCUUUGAAGAUAUUUAAGUUUUUAAAUGCAAAAUAUUUUGUGGUUUUGUUGGAAAUAUUGUCACACAGAUGUGUACAGUACAUAGACAUGUAGAUUUCCACACAGUGCUCACCACUCUGUUGAGUCUUUUGAUCACCAAAUUUAUGGUAUUGAAUAUUUUUGUUGUAAAGGAAAAUAUGAAUAAGGCUGAUCUUGAUAUUGUAUGGUGACUACUGAUAGUUCAGACCAUUGGAUAUAUUGUCAGAUUCUCCUGAUACUUCUAAAGCCACAGAUGGCACAUUGCCUAUACAUGAUUGAUUCUAUCUAUACCUCUAUAGAAAUCACUGUCAAGAAACAUUGUUACUAUAGUCAAUUUCUCAAGUAUAAUCCACCCUUUAAAUUGCAUAAACACAAACAAUAUUUUACAGAAGAUAUUUAUUAAGUGAAUGUAAUGCAAAUACCAUUGCCAUCAAAUGUGAUUCUCUAUGUUUUUACAAUCAUAUCAUAGAAUAUAUUGAACUAUUUAUAUUGUCAAAAUCUGUUAUAACGCUUAAACAACAAACAGAUGACUCCACCAAGUGCAUUUGUUGAGUUCCAUAGUAAACUCUAAUAAUUUAGUUGUGAAUUUUGUGUAAGAGAUUAGGUGCAUUUCGUGUUAUAUAUACUAUCAUAUGUUAAUAAUUAAGAAAUUAGUUGCAUGGUCGGAUGAAUUGAAUUAAAUCAUUGUUACCACAGCUGCAGAUUUCAUAUUACAGUUUUAUUUUUUUACGUAUUACUCAUGCAAGUGUACAUUUUUUAUAAAGGGUGUGGAAUUGUGCAACAUUGACUGCACAUUCACAUUCGCUCAACAUAGUCAGUUGUUAUUGCGUACAGUUCUGUGUAUUGUUAUUUGUGCUAAUUUGGUCUUCUUAUGCGUGUUUCUACUUUUAAUAUAUAACUGUGAACAAGUAGUGGUGUAUGUUUUCAUUCAUCAAUAUUCAUAAUUUAUUUAUCAAGACAUAAAUAAAUAAUAAUAAUAACUAUUGUAUGUAUUACAGUUUUAAAUAAAAAUAAAUUUAACUAUG